UCCUACCGGACUGUAUUUUGAGGAGGACAGGAGGUUGAGUAACAGGAAGAGGAGCAGCAGCAGCAGCUACCAUGGCGGAGACGCACAGCUUGCAGGACCUGCGGCAAGCAGCCGUCGCCUCCAAGGUUUUCGUUCAGAGAGACUACGCUUCCGGCACUAUCUGCAAGUUUCAGACCAAGUUCCCUGCAGAGCUGGAGAGCAGGAUUGACAAGCAGCAGUUUGAGGAGACCAUGCAGACCCUGAAUAAUCUCUAUGCAGAGGCGGAGAAGCUGGGCGGCAGGUCUUAUCUGGAGGGCUGUCUGGCCUGCCUCACUGCGUACACAAUCUUCCUCUGCAUGGAGACCCACUAUGAGAAAGUGCUGAAAAAGAUUGCCAAGUACAUCCAGGAGCAGAAUGAGAAGAUCUUUGCUCCCCUUGGGCUUCUCCUGACUGACCCCAUAGAGAGGGGACUCAGGGUUGUGGAGAUCACUAUUUUUGAGGAUAGAAGUAUUGGUUCAAGAUAAAACACACCAAAGGAUCAUGUUUGGAAUGUGAUUAUUGGCCUGCUGGACUCAGAACCUGCUUCUCCAUCUCAUGAUAUCACAACCCUAUUGCUUUAAAUGAAGAUAGUAUACCUUUAUUUUCAGACCAUUGAUUCAUUAAUUUUUUUAUUUUUUAUUUUUUUUUGACAGAGGGAGAGACUGAUUAUAUAAUGCAUCUUAAACUCCAAUUCAGCUUUCCCUCAGUUAGCAGCUUUCCAAUGUGUAACUUAAUCGGAGUUAUUUUAAAUCUGUUGUGCCAUGUAAUUUUUUUUUUAUUGCUGCAUUUGAUUUCUCUGCAUUAUGUUCCUGUCUCUUGUUUUCUGUAAAUACUUGUCUUGAAUAGGAAGUAUAGAUUAAGUGCACAAUGUUCUGUCUCAUUACAGUUGCAUCUUGAUUAUUAGG